GCGCCCUUUGUUGCUUCCCAUUGGUGCGUGACCGCGACUGGGCCCGAAUAUUCGCUCCUGAUUGGAGUUCGGACAGGAAGCGCGGCUCCGGGGUUGAAGCUAAACCCCGUGCCCUGACUCCUCUCUCACUCUCUGCCCACUUUAUUCCCAAGCAGGAUUUGUGUGUGCGGUGAAUGUGCGGCUGCACUUGGGCUCGAACGGUGGGAUGAUACAAGACUCCUCUGCGGUAGGCUACACACCUAUCAGAGAGCAAAAUAGCCGGUCGACACCCUCAAGGCGCUCCUCCGCACACAUUUAACCACUGGGAGCGGAACGUGAAGUGCCAGCAGUAUCAUGUCCAGGCCAAUAGGAGGCGGUGCGAACGAUGUCACGCGCUUCCUCACUUCGGGGGUGGUUCCAAAUUCCCCCACCACCAACGCGCCCAUGUUCUCUGCCGCCAGCCAGGCCGACUGGGCGGCCAAACGCCUGGUAUGGGUGCCAUCAGAGAAACAUGGCUUUGAGUCGGCCAGCAUCAAGCAAGAGCGCGGUGACGAGGUGGAGGUUGAGCUCAGUGACACCCAGAAGCUUCUGACGCUGUCCAGGGAGGAAGUGCAACGGAUGAACCCACCGCGCUUCAGCAAAGUGGAGGACAUGGCCGACCUUACUUGCCUCAAUGAAGCCUCGGUGCUACACAACCUGAGGGAGAGAUACUACUCAGGCUUGAUCUAUACAUAUUCAGGCCUCUUCUGCGUGGUGGUGAACCCUUACAAGAACCUGCCCAUCUACACAGAGUCCAUAGUUGAGAUGUAUCGGGGAAAAAAGCGACACGAGAUGCCUCCGCACAUUUAUGCCAUAUCUGAGGCGGCCUAUCGAAGCAUGCUGCAAGACCGGGAAGAUCAGUCAAUCCUAUGCACCGGCGAGUCCGGCGCGGGCAAAACGGAAAACACAAAGAAAGUCAUUCAGUAUCUGGCUCAUGUCGCUUCUUCUCACAAGGGUGCUACUCCGAAUAGGAACAAAGAAGCUUUACAGAUUAUGCAAUAUGGUGAGCUGGAGAGACAGCUGCUGCAAGCCAACCCCAUACUGGAGGCCUUCGGCAAUGCAAAAACUACCAAGAAUGACAAUUCCUCAAGAUUUGGUAAAUUCAUCCGAAUUAAUUUUGAUGUGGCGGGGUACAUCGUCGGUGCCAACAUUGAGACCUACCUCCUGGAAAAGUCCCGGGCCACCCGUCAGGCCAAAGAUGAGAGGACAUUCCACAUCUUUUACCAGAUGUUGCAUGGAGCUUCUGAAGCAACUAAAUCGGAUCUACUUUUGGGAACGGCCGACGAAUACCGCUUUCUCAGUGGGGGUACCAUAACAGUUCCUGGUCAGAGUGAUGCAGAGAACUUCACCCAGACGAUGGACUCCAUGGCCAUAAUGGGCUUCAACCCAGAUGAGCUGAUGUCCAUGCUGAGGGUGAUCUCCGCUGUGCUCCAGUUUGGGAACAUUUCUUUUACAAAGGAGAAGAACCACGAUCAGGCAUCCAUGCCCGACAACACGGCGGCUCAGAAACUGUGCCACCUGCUGGGCAUCAAUGUGCUGGAGUUUACCCGUGCCAUCCUCACUCCGAGAAUCAAAGUUGGUCGGGAGUACGUGCAGAAGGCCCAAACAAAAGAACAGGCUGACUUUGCCGUGGAGGCCCUGGCCAAGGCCACAUACGAGCGCCUGUUCAGGUGGCUAGUGCACAGGAUCAACAGAGCUCUGGACCGUAGACAGAGGCAAGGAGCCUCUUUCAUCGGCAUCCUAGACAUCGCUGGAUUCGAGAUCUUCCAGCUUAACUCCUUUGAGCAGCUGUGCAUCAACUACACCAACGAGAAGCUGCAGCAGCUCUUCAACCACACCAUGUUCAUCCUGGAGCAGGAGGAGUACCAGCGGGAGGGCAUCGAGUGGAACUUCAUCGACUUUGGCCUCGACUUGCAGCCGUGCAUUGAUCUCAUUGAAAGGCCGGCUAACCCACCUGGUGUGUUGGCCCUGCUGGACGAAGAGUGCUGGUUCCCUCGAGCUACAGACCAAUCAUUUGUUGAAAAGCUGACGAGUCAGCAAGGCAGCCAUCCCAAAUUCUUCAAAUCCAAGCAACCGCGUGGCGAGGCCGACUUUUCCAUUAUCCACUAUGCUGGCAAGGUUGACUACAAGGCCAAUGACUGGUUGGUGAAGAACAUGGAUCCCCUGAACGACAACGUGGCAUCUCUUCUUCACCAGUCGUCCGACCAUUUUGUCUCUGAGCUGUGGAAGGAGGUGGACCGCAUUAUAUGUCUGGACCAGGUCUCGUCAUCGGGUGAGAACAGCGGGACUCUAGCGUUCGGCUCAUCGGGACUGAAGACCAAGAAGGGAAUGUUCAGGACCGUGGGCCAGCUCUACAAAGAGUCUCUGUCUAAGCUGAUGGCCACGUUGAGGAACACCAAUCCCAAUUUUCUACGCUGCAUCAUUCCCAACCACGAGAAGAGGGCUGGCAAACUUGAACCGCAAUUAGUUUUGGACCAGCUGAGAUGCAACGGGGUCCUGGAAGGCAUCCGUAUCUGCCGACAAGGCUUCCCGAAUCGCAUUCCGUUCCAGGAGUUCAGACAGAGGUAUGAGAUUCUGACUCCUAAUGCUAUUCCUCGCACCUUCAUGGACGGAAAACAGGCGUCAGAACUCAUGAUCAAAGCUUUGGACCUCGAUCCCAAUCUUUUCCGUGUGGGUCAAAGCAAAGUAUUCUUCAGAGCCGGCGUGCUGGCUCACCUGGAGGAGGAGCGAGACUUAAAGAUCACCGACACCAUCAUUCGCUUCCAGAGUGCGGCUAGGGGUUACCUCGCACGCAAAGCAUUUACAAAGAAACAGCAGCAGCUAAGCGCUCUCAGGGUGAUGCAGAGGAACUGUCAUGCUUACCUCAUACUCAAGAACUGGCAGUGGUGGCGGCUUUUCACAAAGGUGAAGCCGCUGCUACAGGUGACCCGGCAAGAUGAGGAGAUCCAAAUCAGAGAGUCAGAGUUGGUGAAGGUCAAAGAAAGACUUACCCGAAUGGAGCAGGAAUUCACCGACCUGGACAAGAAACACAUUCAGCUGGUAGAAGAGAAGGCAGUGUUGGCUGACCAACUGCAAGCCGAAGCAGAGCUCUUUGCAGAAGCCGAAGAGAUGCGGUCCAGACUGGCCAGUCGCAAGCAGGAGCUAGAAGAUGUGCUCACUGAGCUGGAGAGCCGCUUGGAGGAGGAGGAAGAGAGGGGGGUGCAGAUGAGCAAUGAGAAGAAGAAAAUGCAGCAGAAUAUUCAGGACCUGGAGGAGCAGCUAGAAGAGGAAGAAGGUGCCAGACAGCGCCUUCUGCUAGAGAAGGUUUCCUUGGAGACAAAAGUCAAAAGUCUAGAGAGUGACCUCCUAGGUGCAGGGGAGCAGAGAGAUCGCCUUGGCAAGGAGAAGAAGCUUCUGGAGGAGCGUCUGAGCGAGGUGACAGACCACCUUACCGAAGAGGAGGAGAAGAGCAAAAGCUUGAACAAACUAAAGAACAAACAGGAAGCCAUUAUCGCCGACCUUGAAGAUCGUCUGAAGCGUGAGGAGCAAGGGCGUUUGGAGCAGGAGAAGUGGAAGAGGAAGAUGGAGACCGAGGCAAUCGAGGCGCAAGAGCAGUUGUCUGACCUGGGUCUCGUAUCUGGCGAGCUUAAGGGGAGUCUGUCCCAGAAGGAAAAAGAAAUAACAACUCUGCAGAAUCGGUUGGAGGAGGAGAGUACACGGCGUACAGAAGCUCAGAGGUCGCUGAGGGAGGCCAUGUCGCAAGUGUCUGAGCUCAAAGAGGAAGUGGAGAACGAGCGAGGCAUGCGAGAGAGGGCGGAGAAGCAGAGGCGAGACCUUGGGGAGGAGCUAGAGGCUUUGAGGACGGAGCUGGAGGACACCCUUGACACCACCGCUGCACAGCAGGAGCUCAGGUCUCGUCGGGAGGCUGAGGUAAACGACCUCCAGCGUUGCAUUGAAGAUGAGACACGUCGACACGAAGUCCAGUUGUCGGAGCUAAGAGUCAAGCACAGCGCUGCCAUAGACAACCUUCAAGAGCAGCUGGACAACAGCAAGAGGGCGCGUCAAUCUUUAGAGAAGACCAGAUUGGUCCUUGAGGAAGAGAAGCAGAGCUUGAGCAUGGAGCUGAAGAGCCUCCAGGCUAGCCGUACAGAAAGCGACCGAGGACGUAAAAGGGCUGAAAAUCAGCUGCAGGAGGUCACUGUCCGCCUCAGUCAGGCCGAACAAGAGAAAGAGGAGAGAGAGGAGCGAGUGCAGAAGCUGCAGAAUGAAAUAGAGUCUCUUUCCAGCAAUUUGUCCUCCUUUGACAGCAAAUCCCUACGCCUAUCUAAAGAAGUGAGUAGUCUCGAGAGCCAGCUACGUGACUUGCAGGAAUCCCUACAAGAGGAGACCCGUCAGAAGUUGGCUUUAGCCGCCAGGGUUCGAGCGCUGGAAGAUGAGAGGAAUGGGUUGAUGGAGAGGCUGGAGGAAGAAGAAGAGAAAUCCAGGGAGUUGACCCGGCAGAUCCAGACUCACAGUCAGCAGCUGGCGGACAUGCGCAAGCAGUCGGAGGAGGUGAACACGGCGGUGGAGACAGGCGAGGAGGCCCGCAGGAAGCUGCAGAGAGAGCUUGACGCUACUGUCCAGAGGGAGAAACAGCGGGAGGAGGAGAAGGAGCGUGUGGAGAGGCAGCGGGAGCGCCUCAGAGAGGAGAUUGAAGACAUGACUCUGGCCCUGCAGCGAGAGAGGCAAAACUGCACGGCUCUUGAAAAGAGACAAAAGAAGUUUGACCAGUGUUUGGCUGAGGAGAAGGCAGUGAGCACUCGUCUGGCUGAGGAGAAGGACCGAGCGGAAGCUGACAGUCGAGAGAAAGAGACGCGCUAUCUUGCCUUGUCCAGAGCUCUACAGGAGGCCCAGGACCAGAGGGACGACCUGGACAGGUCGAACAAGCAGCUUCGCCUUGAAAUGGAACAGCUAGUCAACCAGCAAGAUGAUGUGGGCAAGAACGUCCACGAGCUGGAGAGGAACCGCAGGGCUCUUGAGGCGGAAGCCGAAAGACUGCGUUCUCAGACACUGGAGCUCGAGGAGGAACUGACGGAGGCAGAAAACUCAAGGCUGAGGCUUGAAGUCACCCUGCAGGCACUCAAGGCUCAGUUUGAGAGGGAGAUCAGCAGCAGUGAGGAGAAGGGCGAGGAAAAGAGGAGGGCGCUCAGCAAGCAGGUACGUGAGCUGGAGAUCCAGCUGGAGGAAGAGCGCAGCCAACGCUCGCAGGCCGUCCUGACCAAGAAGCAACUCGAAGCCGAGCUACAGGAUUCUGAAGCUCAGGUGGAAACGUCCAGCCGCAGCAAGGAGGAGGCUGUCAAGCAUCUGCGGAAGCUGCAGAGUCAACUCAAAGAGGCACUUCGAGAGUUGGAUGAGGCCAAGAUUACUCGAGACGAGGUUAUCACACAGUCCAAAGACAACGAUAAGAAAAUCCAAACCCUGGAGGCAGAAGUCCUGCAGCUUACUGAGGAGCUGGCGGUAUCUGACCGGCAGAGAAGACAGGCUCAGCAGGAGAGAGACGAAAUGGCCGACGACAUCGUCAACAACAGCUCUGGAAAGACAGCGCUAUUUGAAGAGAAACGCCGGUUAGAGAUGCGAGUGAGCCAGCUGGAGGAGGAGCUAGAGGAGGAGCAGACCAAUGCUGAGCUUAUUUCAGAGAGACAGAGAAAGAUGGCUUUGCAGGUGGACACGCUGACGGUGCAGCUCCAGGGCGAGAGGACCCUGGCCCAGAAGGCUGAGGUAGCACGCGAGCAGCUGGAGCGGCACAACAAGGACAUGAAGACGCGGUUGGAGGAGCUGGAGGGAACGGUCAGGGGGAAACAUCGGCUCAGUGUCGCCGCCCUGGAGGCCAAGAUAGAAUCAAUGGAGGAGCAGCUGGAACAAGAGAGACAGGAGCGUGCCAUUGCCAACAAACUGGUGAGAAAGACUGAGAAGAAAUUGAAGGAGGUUAUGAUGCAGGCAGAAGACGAGAGGAGGCAUGCUGACCAGUACAGAGACCAGCUGGAUAAGUCCAUGGUGCGCCUGAGGCAGCUGAAGCGUCAGCUGGAGGAGGUGGAGGAGGAGAACUCGCGCUCCAACGCGCAGAAGAGGAAGCUGCAGCGAGAACUGGAGGAGCUGACGGAAAACAGCCAAAGCAGGAUGCGCGAGAUCACCAGCCUGCGCAACCAGCUCAGCGUCCCUGAAUGGAGACCAGAGCAGCGUGCCCCAUUGCCGCUGGCGAUGCGCGGGCGCCGGGCUCUGGUGGACGACUACUCGUUGGAAAACUCGGAUUCGGAGGAGCCGCCCGCCUCGCCCACGCCCUCCUUGGGACUCCCGCGAACGCCCACGCCGUCCUCGGACCACAGCCUGGACCCUAAUCCGCCCCCGUACAGCGUCAACAACCUACACCAAUGAUGUACCACACACAAACGCACGCGUACGAACACAGACACACACACACGAAACACGAGUUUAUUAUAUAAUCUAGGAAUUGCCCGAGGAUGUUGCUUUUUUUCCCCCUCAACAAAUGCGGACAAAAGGGAUUUUACUGAAUGUUUUUUUUUUACCUUUAAAUGACUUUAUGAUGCAGUUUCAUGUGAAGUAAUGGGUUUAAAUUAGCUGCACAUUUCAAAGGCGCAGAAAACGCUUUGGGUCACAUUUGGUCCUCAAGCCAUGUUUACAGCCAGACAUCAAGGGUGGGCAACCUCAGGAGCCAGAGUCAAACUAUAAAGAAAAAAAAAAUCCUAUACACUGUUUUCCUCAAAUACACAGAUAGGAAUGAGUUAUAUCCGGUCAGCCCUUUUGGGUGCUUUUGCUAACCAAAACAGCAGCACUUACAGUGCAUCAAAACGGGGAUUCUUACCACGUCUUAAACGCUGCACAAUGUUAAUUGUGUUGCGACUGAGGCCAUUUGUCUGCCAUUGCUAACCAAAACAGCAGCACUUACAUAUACAUGAACAGAUGCCAUCUUCCGUUUUAGUAAAUCAAUACCUACGGCCACUGUGGUAUGCAGUCCCUCCACAAUGUUGUUUGCGUCACCCUAACAGAUGCCUCCCCCCCAUCUCCUGGCCAAAAUUUUCCACAUAUUUAAUCGUCUUGGGACUUUUAUGAGGAUUUAAAUUUGCUCCGGUGGGAUUACAUAUGGCCCAAGAGCCACAGGUUUCUCACCACCGGAUUGUUAAAUUUGCUGCAGAAUGACAAAUUAGACAAUCUAUAUGCAUAAGCCAGAUAUUUGGCCUGAUCCUCUUUUGAAAGCAAACGCAAUUGGAUCCCUUGAGCUCGUGUCAUGUGACUUUUUACAGGCGCCAUUUUAAUGACUGCACUCUUCGCUGACAUGUAAACAAACAAAAAAAAAAAAGGAAAUUAGCCAGCUGUCUUCUCCCGAACGUGUUGUCCAAUAAUUCCGUAGGUAGUGUAAUUUAUUCAACUACAAAAAAAAUAAAAAAUUAUUGGGUCAUGGAAUUUAUAUAAUUUAUAUCAAGCUGAAUAUGCCCAUGCUUGUUUAUACUGGAUAAACAAUAAUGUCUGAUUGAAUGGGUAGACUUCUUUCUACUGUAACCCUUUCUUUUCAUCCAAAGCAAAACACCUUUUUUUAGACCAAUGAAGACGUUUAAAUUUGUUGGCCGUCUUGCACAACUUAGUCUUAAUAUUCUUUUUUUUUUAAAUACAUAUUAAUUGUAAAUGAAAGGACGGACGGAUGAAAAAAAGGGUCUAAAACAUAAAAUAGAGUAGAUUGCCAUCAUCCUGCAUCGCUUUUAGAUGACUUCCCUCCCCUAGAUAGUACAAAUAUUGUAGGUUUAGAUUAAGGCAAUAUGUAACUAAAGUAGGAAGUAAAGUCUUAUUAUUAUCCUGGCCGUUAACCAAAAGUUGUUUUUUUUUUCCUUUUCACAUUCCUUUCCAAGAUAUUUAACUGGAAAUUUUGACUAAUGCAUUCAUGUGCUCAGUGGUGACAUUUCGGCCCGGAUUUACACUGCAUGGUUCAACUGGCACAAUCGGAAUGUACAUUUAAAAGGAAAUCUUUUGAUCGUAAUGAUAAAUAUUAAGAUAUGCGCGGCGUUUUGAUUAUUCAAAUACACCCAUCUGAGACGCAUACACUCCCCCCGACUGCUCAAACAACAAGUAAACAUGUCGAAAAAAGGAUCAAUUGAGGAAGCGCGGCGCCAUCUUGUGGCAUCCUAAUGUGUUGUAGAAAAACAACAACAACUAAGAAAUUAUGAAAAGCAGAAUUUUUGAUAGACAUGGAUUCACUGUAUGAUUGUUUACUUCCAUGUUGUUUUAUGCUUGUGGACUUAUUUCCAAGUUGGGUAUAUAGGCUGUAUCUCACUUUGUUUACAUGGAAAUUGACAGUCCAAAAAUAAAACGAAAAAAGGGCUUGAGACAUAAAAUGGGAAUUGUCCACUUGCUGUGCAAAUCCAGCCUUUGACAAACAUGAAGACCUCUUCUGCUGAACCAAACUCCUCACAUGGCUUCUUAACUAGAAGCUAAAUCCAGCCCCAGUUCGUUUUGUGCAGGAAACCCAAAAAGAGAAGUCUGCCUUUUGUGUAAAUUCAAGUCUAAAAUAAUGCAAACUAGCAGAAUCGUGAAUUUCUAAAUGAGCUCCUGUGGAUUUUUGCUCCUUCGUAACGUCCGCAAGCUUCAUUUUGAAAUAAGCUAGGCUAGCUUCGACUUCCGGCGCGAGAGGCUUGAAAAUGCAAGGAAGUGCUUUUUUGACCGUGCUAAAAUGUUGCUGGAUUUCUUGUGAAUAUUUCUACUGUUUGGAUAAACUACAGUAUAUACAGUACACUGGCCCUUCUUUAUGUUUACCAAAAUGAACGAGUC